AUGCGAACAUUGGAAUGGGAUAAUAUGGGAGUGAAAAUCGAUGGUCGGCAGUUGCACCACUUUCGCUCUGCUGAUGACACCGUCCUUACAACACCAAACAUUAGCCAAGCGGAACGUAUGUUUACCGACUUUGAUAAAGCCUGUGGAAACAUUGGUCUUCGACUAAAUCUCACAAAAACGAUGUUCAUGAGGAACGGAUUGGUUUCGUAUGCCUCAUUCACGCUCAACAGAACGAAUAUCUCCGAAUGCUCCACUUAUGUCUAUUUAGGUCUGGAAAUCAACAUGUCGAGCGACUUAGCUCCAGAGUUGAGCAGAAGGAAACGAGCGGCUUGUGGACCUUUCAAGAGCAUCGACGAUGUAGUGAAGAGAAGAAAGAACACCCGACUUCGUGCCCGCCCUUUCGAUUCAGCGGUACUUUCUACCCUAACGUAUGCUUCACAAACCUGGUCGCUGUGA